AUGGAUGAAAGUGAAAGACAUCAAUAUGAAGAGACUUGCAAGCAACUACGCGUCGACCUUAAGCACUUCGAGGCCGACUGGGCAAACCAGAAUGCCGGUGCAAAGCCGGGGCGCGAGGAUAUUAAGAAAAAUCCAGAAAUAGCUCGAAAAUAUAAAAAGUACAACCAAGUCCGUGAUAUCUUAGCUGGCAAACUCCCUCCCGCCAAAGCAAAGGCGAAGGAAUCAUCAAGUUCUCGGAAACGUGAGCCGGAAGAAGCUCUCGCAGUGACGCCCUCGAAACGGUCAAAGCCAGCUGAGACACCUUCCCAUAUACGGGAACGAAUCAUAGAUCCCGAGAUGUUUGAGACGCCAUCCUCGCGGAAACUGUUUAGCCCUGCUGUUCCUACUUCAAUUGGACCUACCCCCCAAAGAGAUGGACAUGGUGCGAUCCAAGCUACUCCCAGCAAAAAUGCUACUAGUGAGAAUAUCGGCGAUGCUAUCAAACUGGAUAAAACUCCUGUGUCGGGCAAGCGCACAACACUUUUUAUGACACCUUCGCGACGAGAUAGCAAUGCUCCUCUAGGCAGAACUCCCAGUUCGAUCCGCAAGUUGCAAUUGACUACACCAUCUUUUCUCAGGAGGGCACCCCUGGCAACAGUGGACGAAAACGGCGAUUACAUAGCUCCUGCACCCCUACGCCUGCCACGCAAGCCUCUAGGCCGUAGUCUCAGCAGCGCAGUGGCGAGUCUACGUAAGCUAGAGGAAGAAGCACUAGAUGACGAUCUCGAAGCCUUACGCGAGGCAGAGAAUGAUGACAACUCAUCAGCCACUACGAAGCCAGUAAAGAAGAAGGAGGAUAUCCUCGAGCCAGAUAGUCAGGCCCCAGCCUUCUUGGGGAUUUGA